UAGAGUGGAGCACAAGCAUGGCUGGGACACUCUGCUGCACCCCAAGAGCCACCCCUACGCGAUGGGUCUGCUGGCCAGAGAGAUGUGCAUGGUGAAGGAUUAUUUCUGUCACCGCGUGGCGCUCCAGCUUUUGGAUGUGCUGAACCUGGACGAGCCGUGCCUGGAGGUCCCUGCCAUGGCGUUCUUUGUCAAGCUCCUGGCCUGCCCUGACGUGGUGGAACUGCACGAGCGUGCCCUGAAGCUCUUCCCGAUGUUCGUGCUCAGCCCGCGCAUUGAGAUGCGUCGCCUGGUGCUGCAAGGGCUCUUCACCCUGAGCCAAAGACCUGAGAUGGCUGAAAGAAUGGGGUUCUUGCUGCCGAAACUCCUGGAGGUCCUGGACGACGCAGAUCCGGAGGUGGUCGAGAUGACCCUCUCUGUGCUUGGCAAGAUGCUGGAGCAGAGGGACGUGGCAAUUGCUGGCCCUGUCGUCGUGCAGCUGUCUGAGAAGCUGCAGCCGCUCUUUGACAACGUAAGGCUUUGUGCCCCCCAGCACGAGCACUGGAUGCUGCCAGGAAACUUUGCGCCCUGUAGCUUUUCAGCCCGUGCCCGGGCGGGCCUGAGGCAGCCGGUGCUGAGCUCUUGCCCUCUUCCUUGCCAACAGGAGUCCGCCUCCAUCAAAGUUCUCUCCUUCCAACUCUUCCGGGACGUGAUGGAGCUUUUAGUGGCAGUGGACAGGAAGGCAACAAAGAGACAGGUGCGCCGGAACCUGCUGCCGCUGCUCUUCCACGUCUAUGAUGAGAACCAGCCUGUGGCAGAGGCCUCCCGGGAAACCCUGCUUCAAGCCACCGAGCUGCUGAAGCUGAGGAAGCUGAGGAAGAAGCUGAAGAGCGGGCAGAUCUACAAGUUGGGCAAGUGCCUGCUGGCAGAGGACAGGAGCAGAAGAGAAGAUUACCUGUACCAGGCCCUGCCGUACCUGCAGAGCCCCCAGGAGUCCCUGCGAGAGGCGGCCGUCGUGUUUUUUGGGCACCUUGGUCGGAGCGUGAGGGGACAGCCGGAAGAGCAGCAGACCGUCUACCAGGCCCUCAGAUGCAUGAGAAACGACAUCAGCCAAUCCGUCUCAGACUUAGCAGCUGAUACCCUGUUUGUCCUGAGAAGUGAAGAAAGCAAUCGUACCUUUGGAUACAGGCUGCAGGUGCUACGAGGGUGGCUCGAGAGGAUGUGGAGGAGAUGAACUUCUCUCCCUGGUGUC